AUGCAGAAUUGGAGGGGUUUGGGGCUCCAUCUCAUUUUCAUAAGUAUUUUUUUUAUUACAACCACAUCCACUUGUUUGGGUGUUGGAAACAUCACUGUAGUAGUUUGCUUUGAGCAAGAGCGACUUGCUCUUCUCAAGUUCAAAGAGAGCGUUGGAGAUGAGUCUAAAAUGUUGUCAUCAUGGGUUGGCAAUGACUGUUGCUUGUGGGAAAGAAUUCAUUGUAAUGGUGUCACUGGACAUGUUGAAAGGCUGCAUCUUAGAGGAAACACAAGAUAUUCUUCUCAUGAUGUAGAGAAAAAACAUGACCACUUUGUUCGUAAUAACCACCAGUUAGUUGGUAAUGAGGUAAACUCUUCUUUGGCUGAGUUGAGGCAUCUCAAAUACUUGGACUUAAGUGGGAAUGAUUUUGGAGGAAGCCGGAUCCCUGAGUUCAUUGGAUCCUUCAAACAAUUGAACUACCUCAAUCUCUCUCAUAUUGGUUUCCAAGGUAUUAUUCCUCCUCACAUUGGAAAUCUUUCUCAUUUAAAAGUUCUUGAUCUAAAUUCAAAUGGAGAGCUGAUGGCAGAUGAUAUGUCAUGGACUUUUGGCCUUUCGUCACUCGAGCAUCUCGACUUGAGUUAUUUAGAUGCUAGUGGUGUGGACAUGGGGCGUUACAUGAUCAUUCCUUCAUUAAAAGAGUUACAUUUGUCAUCUUGUGGACUUUCCAACGCUAAUUUUGUUCCUUUUAUCAACUCAACUACAAUACUUCGCAACAUCAAACACCUAGAUCUUAGCUUAAAUCUUUUCAAGGGUCCACUCCCUGGGUUUUUCCAAAACAUGACAUCCCUUUCAUUCCUGGAUCUUACAGACUUUGAUCUUAGUUUAGCAUGGAACUUUCCAAACCUGCUAAGCAUGAUCCCUUCUUUAUCAGAGCUACAUUUGUCAGGUUGUGGGCUUGAUAAAGCGCAUCUAUCUUCCCCUCAUCUUAACUUCAGUACACUUUCUAACAUCCAACACUUGGAUCUUAGCCGAAAUUCAAUCGAAGGUGUAAUUCCAUCCGUUUUAACAAACAUGAGUUCCUUAAGAGUCCUUGACCUUUCUUUAAACAGCCUAAAUUCAUCCGUUCCUAUUAUGCCCAAUCUUCUGGAGCUUGAUCUUUCUAAUAACUGGUUUAAGAAAAUUGAGCAUCUUGGAAUCUGGAGGCAGUGUCACUUGAAAAAGUUGAGUGCAUCCAACAUGGCUUUUAAUAUAGAAAUGAUGAACUCACCAAAAAACAAAUCAGAGUGCUCCCAAUAUGUUUUGGAGAUUUUAGAUUUAAGUGAUUGCAUAAGUGGUAUAGAUGCAGAACCAACAAUUCCAGAAGCACUUGGAAUACUAACCAAUUUAAGAGUCUUACUUCUAUCGAACAGCGGUUUAACAGGUACAAUCCCAAAAUCUCUAGGUAGAUUACGGUAUUUAGAAGUAUUGGAUCUAUCUUAUAACAUGUUAACGGGUCCUAUUCCGACAUUCAUUGGGAAACUUUUGAAACUUGAUCUUUCUUUUAAUCAAUUGAAUGGUUCGAUUCCUGAAUCCUUUGGGAAAUUAGACGCUUUAACAGAAAUGUAUCUAGAAGUCAAUCAGUUAACGGGGCCCAUUCCAGCAUCUAUAGGAAACCUUGUUUCAUUGCAAGCAUUUUCAAUGUAUUCAAAUUUGUUAAAUGGGAGUAUUCCAGAAUCAUUUGGGAAACUUGCCAAACUCGAUUGGCUAGAUAUGUCUAACAAUUCUUUAGAAGGUGUCGUUUCUGAAGCCCAUUUUGCUAAUCUUUCGAUGCUGAAGCACUUGGACACCUCUUCAAACACUAAGUUGACGUUUAAUGUUUCAAGUGAGUGGCUACCUCCGUUUCAAUUGGUUACUCUUCUACUCAGUUCUUGCACUAUCAUAAAUGGAUUUCCACAGUGGCUUCAAAAUCAAAGGGAGCUUGAGACGUUAGUGUUGUUCAAUACUACAAUUACAGGACCUUUGCCCACAUGGUUGCGAAUGAUGCCCAUCAUUCCUUUCUUAGACCUCUCUUACAAUAAACUCAGUGGAUCUUUGACAAACCUUCCAGAUGGGGGAAAUGUUUAUGUUUCAGAAUAUUAUCCUAGGGCAUUAUUUCUGGAAGAUAACCUUUUCAAUGGGUCGAUUCCACUGUCAUUGUGCAGAAGGACAGAUUUGGAAUAUCUUAAUCUUUCCAGAAACAGGUUAACCGGGAAAAUUCUCAAAUGUCUUGAGAAUCUUCAGAAUUUGAUUACCAUGAGAUUUAGCUCAAAUCGGUUGUCAGGUGUAAUUCCAAGCACUGUACCUUCUAAUUGUUCAUCAUUACUUCGGUUGAAUAUGAAUGGAAAUAGAUUAAUCGGUGAAAUUCCUCGAGAAUGGGGAAAUUUGGGAGGUUUGCAAUACUUAGAUGUGGGUGAUAAUCAAUUGUCUGGAAAUAUUUCUGAAUGGAUUGGAGAACUUGGAACGUUGAUAAUUUUGAGGUUACACAAAAACAAAUUCACUGGUAGAAUCCCUCUAUCUUUGUGCAAUGCUUCACAUCUUCGAAUUUUGGAUGUUGCAUCCAACAGCUUAACGGGGACUAUCCCUCGAUGUUUAGGAGACUUGACUGCAAUGGUUGAUGGUAGUGGAUAUCGUGUGCCUAUUCUCAAUGACGAUUUUGAUGAUCAUGUAAUUCAGGUGAUGAAAGGUGUUGAUCUUGAAUAUACAACAACUUUGGAUAUGGUUUAUAAUUUGGACCUUUCAAGCAAUAAACUUGUAGGGGAAAUUCCUGUCGAGCUAACUGCUCUUUCUAUGUUGGUGGGCCUCAAUUUGUCUAACAACCAUCUCAGUGGGGGAAUUCCAGACACCAUUGGAAACAUGACGUCACUAUUUUCUCUCGAUUUAUCUAGAAACCGGUUGACAGGGAUGAUCCCUACAAGCAUGGCUACAUUGAACUUUUUGAGCCAUUUGAAUUUGUCACACAACAACUUGUCUGGACGAAUUCCAACAGGAAGUCAACUGCAGACCCUUAUUGAUCCAUCAAUAUAUGCUGGGAACAAAGAUCUAUGUGGACCUCCAUUGCCAAAAGAUUGUUCAAAUCAGAAAGAUCCUACAACAACUAGCAAGAAGACAUACAAAGCAGCUGAGGAGCCAACGGAGGUAUGGUUGUUUGUUCUGGACAUAAUGAGUGGUUUUGCAACUGGUUUUUGGGGUGUUAUUGGAGUUUUGUUGUUGAAGAAGCAGUGGAGAUGGAAGAUUUUCAGGUUUGCUGAGGAAACUAUGGACAAGAUAUUCAAUGCAGUCAUGGUGAGAGUUUCCAGGAGGAAGUUAGGAAGACAAGCUACAUAG